UAUUGCAAGCGAGGCAACGGUCACACUGAUUAGAUUUGGCGCAUUCCGCAGUAACAAAAAAAAGAAUAAGAGAAUAUUUUCAUACAAAUAUGUCUACUCUAGAGUUAUGCGAAAAGUAUUUUGAGACUCGCGAUGUGUACAAGUUAAUGAACCUGAAGAAAGAUGCCAAGGAGAAGGAAAUUAAAAAAGCGUACCACAAGCUUUCCCUGUUGGUGCAUCCCGAUCGAGUCCCCGAAGAACAAAAGGCUGAAUCCACCGAAAAAUUCAAAGUUUUGUCCAAGUUGUAUCAGGUUCUGACUGAUACCCAAAAGCGGGCUCUCUACGAUGAGCAGGGCAUUAUCGAUGAUGACGACGAGGAGAGCAAUAUGACUUCCUGGCUGGAGUUGUGGAGCAAAAUCUUUAAGCCAAUCUCAGAGGAGGAGAUUAGCAAUUAUGAAAAAGAGUAUAUAGGUUCAGAUCUAGAGCGCACAGACGUGAAAAAAUCCUAUUUGGGAGGCAAGGGAUGCAUCAACUACAUAAUGAAUCAUGUUCCCUUUAUGAAAGUCGAGGAUGAACCCCGGAUUAAGGUGCUUGUGGGUGAGAUGAUAGAUGCUGGCGAAGUGCCGGAAUAUAAGAUAUUUACAGAGGAGCCGGCAGCCAAGCGAAACAAACGUCACAAGAAAUAUGCCCGUGAGUCCAAGGAAGCUAAAGUAAUCAAGGAACGCAUUGAGCGUCGUAAACAACAGGAAGAUGAGGCCGAACUGGAGGCCUCUGAUGGCAAUCUAGAGCAAAUGAUUUUGGCUCGCAAAAAUAAACGUGAAUCUAAUUACAAUUCUCUUAUGGAUCGUCUGUUGGAAAAGUAUGGAGGCGAGGAUGUAUCCGAGACAGUGGACUUCGGCUCCUUGGACAAAAAGAAGAAAAAGAAGGUCAAGGCUGCAACCAAACAGCAGACUUUGAAUGGCGUCAAACGAGGACGUGUUGAAAAAACAAAAGUUUAAAUUUAUGCCACGCGGUAGAAGUUAAAUUAAGAAUUAAUAUUUAUGUUUAAUAGUUUUAUACCGUCUUUAAUAUAUAUGUAUUUAUGUAUCAUUAAAAUAUCCAUAAUCCAUAUCAAA